AUGGAACUAUCACUCAAAUCAAGGUACAAGACCCGACAGUUGAUUUAUGAUGAAGAAGUCGAGGAUCGGUUCAAUUGCAUCAACUGCUUUGAGUCCAAUGUUUAUAUUGGUACUGAGCUGGGUCAAUUACUUCAUUACCACAGAUUUGACGACUCACCACAAUAUAUCUUGAUAUCUCAACAAAAGAUACGAAGUUCCUGUGUAUCUAAGAUAUUAGUUCUUCCCAUAGCCAGGAGAGUAGUAGUACUAUGUGGUGGGUCUAUGAAUUUGUUCUCCCUACCGGAAUUGUCCCCUAUUCAAUCAGGUAAGUUGAAAGAUAUCGAAAAUAUCCUGAAACUCAACGAUAAAGAUAUAAUGAUUUUAAUGAAAAACAAGAUGAAAGUCAUACGACUUCAAGAAGAUAUUCGACUGUUGGGGGAUAUAGAAGUUUCUGCCAAGAUGGCAGUAAGUAUGGGGAAAUCAGCAGUUAUAGCCAAUGACAAAGAAUAUCAAUUGAUUAAUCUACAGAAUAGUUCCAAGACUCCAUUAUUUCAAUACCGUCAAGAUGAAGAUGUACCUCCUAACAUCGUAGCAUUUGAUGCUAACGAUAGUGGCCAAAAAGAGGUUUUGUUGACUAUAAACUCCGAUGGAAACACUUCUAUGGGGAUGUUUAUCAAUUCUAACGGAGAUCCUACAAGAGGAACAUUUACCUGGAUUGAUAAAGGAUAUCCUAAUAACGGCAUAGCCAUUGAAUGGCCCUAUGUGUUUGCCAUAUUUAAUGGUCAAUUAGUGGUAUCUUCGUUGAUAUCGUUGGACAUAAUGGAGACAAUUAAUGUUGAAGGGAAAAUGGUUUUCUUAGAUAUUCCUGCUUCGGUUCAAGACGAUAAUUAUUUGACCAACGGCAUUUGCAAACAGGCCUUGUCAAGUAAGAUGGUGAUACUUCGUGAUAAGCAGGUAGACUUACUCUUCCUUAAUGAAGUGGAUGAUUUCUUAUCCGAACUCACGAAGUAUAUUAAUGGAGAGGUUGAUAAAAUAAAGUUGAUAGAUAGUGAUGAUGAAUUGUAUAAACAAUUGAGGUUUCUUUAUCUCAUACACAAGAAAGAAUAUGAUUCCAUUGAGAUUGACGAUACUUUGUUAUCAAUACUAUCCUACUUGAACGGAGGUGAAGGAUCGUUCUUCCAAGGUACUCAAAAAAUUGCUGAUUUGGUUAAGCCAAAACUUGAUGAUGAUUUCAAUCAAUUCUUCAUUGAGCAAAUCAGGAAACAAUACCUUCAAACACACAAAUUGAGCUUACAAAAGCAAGCUUAUUCUAAUCUCAAGAAUGAUGAAGAUUUCAUUGAUCUUGUGACAAAAGAUAAAGAUUCUUGGAGAAUCAAAACCCCAAAUUUGGUCAAUAUUAUUAAAAAUUUAGAAUCCCAACAGUUUUAUAGAGCCAUGUUGCAUGCUUAUACGUUACUACAAGAUGAUGAGAAUAUUUGUGUCAUGGCAGUGGCCUUCUUGUCAGGAAAAUACCCAGGUGAUGAUACUGAUUAUGUGGAAAUGAUCUUGAAAUCCCUUGAUAAGGUGAAGGAUGAUAAAAUUUAUCGAGAUUCACUUCUUGAGAUAUUACGUGUAGAUUCUUCAAAGGGUAUUGCUUAUAUGAAGAAGAACGUUAAAGGAAAACACACAGCAACUCAUUCUGAUAUCAUGAAAGAGAUGAUAAAUUUAUCCAAAAAUGAAGAUUUUGCAUCCUUGAAAUUGGAAAUCUUGGAAAAUACUUACAAAGAUGGUAAAGGUGGUUUAGAAGAGAUCCUUGAUCAUUUAAUAGAAAUGUUGAAAUAUCCUAAUGAAGUUCAAUCCAAUAAUUUCAUGAUUCUUUUUGAAACUUUCAAGAUCGAGAAUACUUUCGAUAGUCACAAGAAUAUCACAAGUUUUGUCAAUUACCUACAGAUGAUUAAAGAUGCCACUGAAUGUAAGGAGUUUAUCGAAAUCUAUUUGAAAGCAUAUGAACUCAUCAACUAUCUCAAUAGUGACAACUAUAAACAAAUCAUUGACAUGUACCCCUACUUUAAAGUUUUCGAUAAAGAAAUAGAAGAUAUCAUUAAAAUAGAUUUCUUCACAGCUGAAUUCUUGGCUGUCCAUGGUAAACCACCAUAUCCAGAUGAGAAAUAUUUUGUUGAAGAACAAUUAACUGAUGUUCUGACAGCAAAAAAUGAUCUUCUUAAGGUUUUCGUACAUUACAAAGACACCCAAGAUACUUUAGCGAUGAAACACUUCAUCAAAAUGUAUGAAAAUUAUUUCACUGCCAACGAAAUUAUCGAUUUGUUACCUUCAGAAAUGUCAUUAUCGAUUGUACAAGAUUAUUUCAUCAACUUGUUCAUAAAUAUAGACUCGAUACAGAGAAAGUUGAUAAUUAGAAAGAUAUUUAAUAGACAAGAAGCUACUGUAAGUAAGAAUUUAUAUAAAGAUUUCACAUCGGAAUCAAAUAAAUAA